UUUAAUUAAUUUGUGUUUUUUUUUUUUUGUUUUUGUGAGGAAAAGAUUUUACUAUGGCUGAUAAAAAGUGUGUAGGCGGUGAAUCAAUUGAAAACACUUCGGACCUAGGAUCGAGUAUCAGUGAACUAAGUGUAGAUCGAGGUUUUGGUGGAGAGGGUUCCAGUGAAAAUGUCGCCACAAGUACUCCAAUUGCACAGGGAAGAGUAGGCGGAGACGAUCUGUUAAUGUUAUUAAUGCAACAUAUGAAAGAAGCGAAGAAACAGAUGGGACAGAUUAGGCAGGAUACUAGUAAGAUAAGGGAAAUCCAGGAUGGUUUGGCAGCACUAAAAAUGACUGUCGAGACAGGGCAGGGUGAACUCAAUACUCGUGUAGGAGCAGUGGAAGAACGGGUUGAUGUAUUAGAAACUAAUUUCACACAAGAGUUGUCCAAAAAUGAGGAAAGGUUCAAAAAACUAGAUAAGCAUGUAGAAGUAGAAAAUUCAAAACUGAAAGUAGAGGUUGUUCAGACUAGGAGAAUCUUAGAAGAAAAGCUUGAAUCCAAUAAAAAGAAUUCAGAGUUAAAAUUUGCAGAAAUUUCCAAUCAAAUAAGUAAUGUAGAUCUAAAGUGUGAUGAAAAAAUAGAUUUGUGUAAAAAUAAUGUUGUAGGUUUAAGUAAGAAAGUUGUAGAGUUACAAGAAGGUGUAGCCCAAAGAAAUUUUGUUAGCAAUUUUAAUUGUGUAUGGGGUGGCAUACCUUUAAAAUGCUUUCCAGGAGAUGGGAAAUUGCAUCCAGUUGAUUUUUUACAGCAUUGUCAGGAUAAUUUUAGUAAUGACAUGACAGAUAAUGUAAAAAUUAAAUUUGUUAAACGAUUUUUGGAUGGAGAAGCAAUCUCGUGGGCAAAUCAGAAUGUUAAUUCUACCAUGUCAUAUAAUGAAUUUGAAAGAAAGUUUUUAAAUAAGUUCUGGUCAGAUUCUGAGCAAGCUAGGAUUAAAAGUGAGUUUUUGAAUGGUCGAAUGUAUAGGGAAAGUGAUGGUAGCUUGAAGUGUUUUUGUGAAAGUCAGUUGAGGAAAUUAGUACACCUCGACAAACCUUUUGAUGAACUAAUACAAAUAGAUGCAUUAAAAAGAAGACUACCAAAAAGAGUACAGUGGGAGUUGAUUUAUGGACCAGAUGAUUCUGUAGAUCAGUUCUUGAGUGUAGAGACUGCCAGAAGCAGAGGGGCUGCAGACACAAGAUGGACAGCGCAUUGGGACGGAUGAUUGUGAGCUGCCAAUUCAUUAAGAUAUGCAACAUGCACCAGUGACU